UGUUGACUGGUAUGUGUGAAUGUGAUGUUUUUAAUGUGUUGUGGAGUAUUUACACCUCUAGUACUUAUUACUAGAAUAACAAACUUUAAACAGAGGGUGUAUAACUCGUAUUGAGAAUUUACAGUUGACGCUGCAGGAAUGUAUCGUCGCGGCGUGAGUAAGAAGGAUCAAAAGGCUGUGAAUAGUAAGAAGACAAAUGAAAGCGUUGGUAAAUUUGCCGAGCUGCUGGUGUUCGGCUAUGAGUGUAAGGUGUUCCGGGACGAUGAGAGGGCUCUCUACCACGAACAGGGCAAGCACCUUAUCCCAUGGAUGGGGGACAAGAGCAUCAUGAUUGAUAGGUACGAUGGCCGCGGGCAUUUACAUGACCUCUCUGAGUAUGAUGCAGAAUCAUGGAAUCGCGACUACCAUCUCUCAGAGGAGGAGGCCAGAAUCGAGGCCCUGUGUGACGAGGAGAGGUAUUUAGCCUUACAUACGGACUUGCUUGAGGAAGAGGCACGACAAGAGGAAGAAUAUAAGCGCCUGAGUGAGGCCUUGGCUGACGAGGGCACCUAUAAUGCAGUGGGGUUUCAAUAUAGUGCUGAUUACUACGACCCCUCACAGCCCACAGAGGAGGAGGAGUUAGCCAAGGAGGCUGCAGAACAGGAACCAGAAGAGAGUGAAGAGCCGUUCAUUGCUCCCCCUGGACUCUGUGUAGCCCCUGAUGUGGAGCUGCCUGCAACAACUAAAAUGCAUGCAAUCAUUGAGCGCACAGCCAGUUUCGUCAGCAAACAAGGAGCUCAGUUUGAAAUCAUGCUGAAAGCCAAGCAGUCCCGAAACUCCCAGUUUGAUUUCUUGCGCUUUGAUCACUACCUGAACCCUUACUACAAGCACAUCCUGAAGGCCAUGAAGGAGGGCAGGUACACCUCACAGACUGAGACCAAACCAGACGAGAACCAGAGUUCUGGAACAGAUGACACGGACGAUGAUGAAGAUGGAUGUUACCUUCAUCCCAGUCUCUUUGCCUCUAAAAAGUGCAACAGACUUGAAGAACUUAUGAAGCCAUUGCAAGUAAUGGAUCCAGACCACCCUUUGGCAGCCUUGGUCCGGAAAGCCCAGCAAGACAACAAUGCGGCAGCAAAGAAAGCAGAAGACAGUUUAGCAGCGGCGGCGGUGGCAGCAUCAACAACCGCACAAGCAGAGUACCCUACAGACCCAACAGUAGCUGCAAUGUAUUAUGGGUACUACAUGCUGCCUGAUGGGACCUACUGCCUUGCCCCCCCUCCUCCCGGGAUAGACGUCAACGCCUACUACAACUCUCUGCCAGCUGGAAUUUUACCAACAUCUUCAGGAGUGGUGGCCCCUCCCCCUCCGGGCACCACGCCCCCACCUCCUGCGACUGCAGUUGAGGCCUCCAGCAGGACGGUUUCUACUCAAGCAGCCACUGUGCCAACAAGUUCCCAAGCCCCAGUGGCUGCUAUUAUUCCCCCUCCUCCAGACACCCAGCCUGUCAUUGACAAGCUCGCUGAGUAUGUUGCAAGGAAUGGGUUAAAAUUUGAAACCAGCGUCCGUGCCAAGAACGACGCAAGGUUUGAGUUCUUGCAGCCCUGGAACCAGUAUAAUGCAUAUUAUGAAUUCAAGAAGCAGUAUUUCCGCCUGAAGGAAGGAGGCAAUAUGAUAGAGAGGCUGACUGCUUCAGAUUCUGGAAACGAAACGACUGUUUCGCCUCAAGAAUCAUCCGUCUUAAGCAUUUCAGACACACAAAGCCUGAUAACCAAGGCAGCAAACUGCUCCUCUGACAUGCCAUCUAAUGAGGGCAAACUAAUUAAAGCCUCCUUCGCCCCCAUAAGUUUUGCUAUCAAAGUGAAAGAAAAUGAUCUCCUUCCGCUUGAGAAGAACCGAGUGAAGCUGGAUGAUGACAGUGACGAAGAGGAGGGGGAGAAGGAUGGUCAAGACAACACCAGCUCUGGUGUAGCCAAGGAGGCUGCGGUUAUAGAGGACAAGAAGCCACAGCUUACACCAGAGGAGCUAGAGGCAAAACAGGCGAAACAGAAGCUGGAGGACAGACUGUCAGCUGCAGCCCGGGAGAAGCUAGCCCAGGCCUCAAAAGAGUCAAAGGAGAAACAACUACAGGCAGAGCGCAAGAGGAAAGCCGCCCUCUUCUUACAGAACCUCAGAAAUCCGCUGGUAGAACCUGAAGCGACGAAGGCUGAAGACAGCCCUGCUCGGGCAGAGCAGGAGAUAGUUGAAGUUUCUGCCGCCACAUCCGUUGGAUCAAAAGUUUUGGCAGCGGUGGAAUCAAAAUCCUCCAACAAGAAGUCGGGUAAAAGGAAAGAUUCCUUGCGCGAUCGAGAAAAGGAGAAGAAAAAGAAAAAGCACAAGAAGAGGUCUCGCUCCAGAUCCCAGUCCCGUUCCAGAUGUCGCUCCAGAUCCCGCUCGCGUUCCAAAACCAAGCAUGCGCUUCCAAGUGCCUACAGGGCUGUCCGGAAGUCAAGAUCCAGAUCAAGGUCUCCCAAUAGAAGACGAGCUCGCUCUUCAGAAAGAAGACGUGAGGAAAAAGAAAGGGAGAGAUGUAUCCCCAGUGCUUAUCGAAUCAGUAACGGUCCAGGCUUCAGCAAGAAACGCUCAAGGUCAAGGUCUCCUCAUGAAAAGAAAAAGAAAAGAAGCUCAAAGUCGCAGAUAAAAUCUAAAGCUCAGUCCCGUUCACAGUCCUCUUCCCCGAAGCAGGCUUCCAAUAAGAAACCAGCUUCUGCACAUUCUACCAGUAUAUCUCCUGUGGAGAGCAGAGACUCCAGCCAGGAGCGAUCCAGGGGAGAAUCUCAGGAAAAAGACAAACCAGUAUCCUCGUCUUUUGUCUCCUCUGUUCAAACUAAAAUCACUCAGGAUAUGAUGGCCAAAGUAAGAGCAAUGCUGGCUGCUUCAAAAGAUUUACAAGCUAGCAGCUCCUGAGCACCCCGUCAGAUCAAACCCCAGGGAAAACCAGAACUAUUAAA